AUGAAAGAUAUGUCUCAUUAUAAAUGGGAGUUGGGAACUUACUUUAACACAAAAGAUGACUUUAAGGAAGCAAUUCAAACAUAUUCUGUCCAAUGUGGUAGAGCUCUUAGGUUUUUAAAAAAUGACAAGCAGAGAGUGAAGGUGGUGUGUAAGGAAGGCUGCCAGUGGGAGGCAUAUUGUGGAAAGUUGCCUAAUGAGGAGACUUGGCAACUUAGGAAAUUAGUUGAUAUACACAGUUGCUCUAGGGAAUACAAUGUGAAGAUGAUGAGUACAAAAUGGCUUAGCAAGAGGUUGCAAAACUCACUGAAAUCUAAUCCUAAGUUGAAGCUAAAGGAUAUAAAGGAGAAGGCUCAAAAGAAAUGGAAUGUGGGGGUUAAUAAGACAAAGGCAAUUAGGGCCAGAUUUGCAGCUAGGGAUAUGGUUGAUGGCUCAUUUUUAGGAGACUAUACAAGAAUAUAUGAUUAUUGCCAUGAAGUUCUAAGGACAAAUCCUGGUUCAACUGUGAAGUUAAAUGUGACACCAGUGCAAGAAAAUGUUGAGGACAAGAGGCCUUAUUUCAAGAGGACAACAUCAAAAUGUGAUUCUGUAUUGAAUAACAUGUCAGAGGCUUUCAACAGUGUGAUUGUAGAGUCAAGAUCAAAGCCAUUAGUGACCAUGCUUGAAGAAAUAAGGGGAUACAUCAUGGAAAAGUGGGCAAAAAACAGGUUGAGAUUCCCACAAUUAAGUGAUGGGGAUGUACUGCCAAACAUUAAGAAGAAAGUGGAAAAAACAAGCUCUUUCACAAAUAAUUGGAUUGUUAGGAUGUCAUCUGAAUUUAUUUUUGAAGUAAGGCACAUUGAGCAUCAAGGUGACAUUUUUGGGGUAAACCUAAAGGACCAUGAUUGCUCAUGCAGAAAAUGGCAACUAACAGGUAUUCCUUGUGUACAUGCUCUGUCUGCAAUGAAGAGUAGAAGCCUGGCUUUUGAUGAUUACAUACCAGAAAUAUAUAAAAAGGCAAGAUAUAUAUCUGUGUAUGAACCUAUCAUUUAUCCUGUAAAUGGCACAAAUUUGUGGGUUAGAACAGAGUACCCGGACGUGCAGCCACCAAAAUUCAAAAAAAUGCCAGGAAGACCAAAGAAGAAGAGGAACCGUGAGCAGGGUGAAAUUGAUGGGUCAGAUAGGAAAAUGAGGAAAACUGGCAUGGUGCUUAGAUGUACAAGGUGCAGACAGACUGGACACAAUAAUUCCACUUGUAAGAUGACACCACCUACCCAAGCAAGUCAGCCAAGGGCACAACCCACUCCAACUCAAGCAAGUCAGCCAAGGGCACAACCCACUCCAACACAAGCAAAUCAGCCAAGGGCACAACCCACUCCAACUCAAACUAGUCAACCAAGUGCAACACAAAAGAGUUCUACAAGUGCAACACAAAAAACACAACCUAAGAGUUCUACAAGUGCAACACAAAAAACACAACCUGCAUUAUCUGUUACAAGGCCACAAAAGUUGCCUUAUAAGAAGCCAAGACAAACUUCUGUUACAAUGCCUCCUGCUUCAAAGGGACCAACCACAAGAUUGAGUGCAUCACAAAAUGCAGUUGGACCUACAACAAGGAGGACCACUCCAACAAAAAGGAACAACGCAAAGAAGUCUAUUUAG